CUAUGUCCGUGUAAUAUCUGCCUUGAUAUUUGCAAUUCUGUUUGCUGUAUAUUGCGGCUACUUGAUAAAUCAGAUUACAUAUGACAAACCUUUACUACGAAUAUCUCGGGAAGAUAUGGCAGAAAGCUACCCUAUUCCACAAAUCGAAAUGUGCGUACAAAACAGCACAAUGACAGUCCACAGAAUCGAUCUUAUGUUCAUGAAUUGGACAAGCUGGACCAUUCCCGACCCUUACCGCUACAUAAUGAUCGGAGAGCCCGGAGGCGAUCCAUCCAGAUGCUAUCUCUUUCAAUCAAACAGCGCAUUUAAAUACGGUGUCGUCGAAGACUACGAUCCUAUGACAACCGAUAUCAGACGCAUCGACAUAUAUUGGAAGAUUGAUGCCCUCGAAAAUGUUACAGCUGUUUCGCUUUCAGUCCCUUCGAUCACAAUGGAGUUGUACAACCCCGGCUUCAGCCGAUGGGAUCCACCAGAUCCUGAAAAUAUGGUACCGCAGCAGAAACAAGUAUCUAGAGACAUGGUCCUUGGCAAUGCACGAUCUUCUACCUCUGUAAAUACGACGACGACUGUAUUUUUUACACCCACUCUCUACCGCGCCAUCCGCCCCAAGGACUCGCUGUCAUUAAUAGGUUUCGCUCCUACUUAUGUAGAUAUUCCUACAUUGGAAACCAGUCAGUUAGAUUGGGACUUACAGCGUAACGAUGAAAAUCUCACAAGAGGCGAAUAUGAUGGCCUCUUCAACCUCCAAAUGGCCAAGGCAAGCUUAGCAGUGCAGACAGAACAGCGGCAGCAUACCCUUUUAUCAGCGCUUGCUCUUGCGGGUGGUUGCAGCACUUUGCUGACGAUACUUUACAUUCUCUUGUUCGGUAUGACCCGGAUCGCUCCGUUCGGUGUGGUCCAUCAGCUCCCAAUGGUCACGAUCCGCGGAGUGGAGAAAAUCAAGGAGCACCGAAGGAAUAGCCGGGUGGACAACAACCACAACAACGACAACAAUGAAAAUAACACUAGCAAACUCUAUAAUUUUCAACGGUAUUUCCGACGCUCGCAACCAAGCCAACUUCUCUUGGACGACAUUGCCGCACCCGCAAAAUCAGACAGCGCUAGUAACAUUAAAGACUCGCCUGUUGUUCAGCAUAAUGCCAUCCUUCUGAUGCCUGCUCCGGCAGCCAUGGCACAACAGCAACAACAACAGCAAGCUGACGAAGAAAGUUCACGUUUCCACGGUCCAUGGGAUCGAGACUAUCGCUCUGACCAGCUCUCAAACACCAGCAAUCCCAGCCUACAUUCCUCUGCGCCGCAGGAUCGCGUUGAGGGUCUCACUAUGCUAGUGGAACAGCUUCAACGUGAACAGCGUGAUACAGCGGCAAAGGCGGCGCAGCUUGAGAAUCGAUUGUUCGAACUUCAGGAGGUCUUACGGGCGUAUUAUAUCAACAUGGACUAUUUGGACCACCAACGUAAUAUGCGGCGGCGCGGUCGACGACGAAGUGCGCUUUAUUGCAACAAUCAGAGACGGUCUACUAGCACAGAAGGGGGCUGGCUUUUUGACGAUGACGAUGAUUUGUCGACGCAUAAAAAUGAACCACAAUAAAAAAAAAAGAACAAAAAGAAAUCAACAAACAAGAUGGAAAAUACUGA